AUGAGGUACCUUAUGGGCGUAUCUGUGGACACAACAAAGGAUCCUUGUGAAAACUUUUACCACUUUGUUUGCAAUGGCGCGUUCUCUUACCGACCACUGGCUCAAUGGUACACUACCAUUGGAGGUGGGAACCUUGGCAUUCUGUCCUACAAUGUCACCAUCGCCAUAAAAGACGGCUUCGAUAAUGAAGUGGUUCCAACUUCCGGACAAACAGGAUACCAAAAAUCUGUCCACUACUAUAAGAGUUGCACUAGUUCACAAGGCCAAUCGUCAAUAGUCGGCACCAUCCGGGAUUUUUUAACGCAGCACGGCAUGGGCUUCAACCCCAGCGUCGUGAUGAACCCGUUGGAUAUCCACAUGAACUUUCUCCUUGUCUAUUGUAUUCCUUUGAUAUUUUCUAUGGAACAAGUUAGAGCAGUCGGCGAUCCAAGAUGGCACAUACUGAUAACGGAUCAUCGAGACUUUACUUCAUCGAAAGCGGAAGUGACUAAUGUAGGUCAACGCCGGAAUGAUAUCAACAAGGUUUUAUCGAAGAUAUUCCCUGGUCAAGUUUACGAUGUGAAUAAUAUCGUGGACGUGGAAAAGAAAAUAGUAGAUUUGUCGAACAACUACGUUGACGGUUACUAUCAUAAGCCUUCAUUGUCGGCGAUGUGGGACGAUGACGACCCCGGUCUGCGGUUGCCUUGGAACCAAGCCCUGUCGAAGAACUCGCGCGAAAAACUCAAAAAUAGAGCCUCACAUAUAUCGGCGACUGAAUAUUACCUGUUCCUAAAACUGUUCGGCAAAAACAAGGAGGUUCAAGAAAAUGAUCUUAAGCGCUACUUUACGUGGAGAAGCGCGCACUACCUCUACGGAGCGGCUUUAUUUGACAUUCCGGUUAAUGGCUUCAAGGUUACAUGCCUCGACAAUACUCUCAACCAAUUACCAAAUGCUGCGAGUUCUAAGGUUCUUUUCGGCCUUGUCAACGAAUCGAGAAUAGAUCAAGUUGAAGAUAUGACGGGUGCAAUAAUUAAAGAAGUGACUGAAUCCUUCAGAACAUCCUCCUGGAUCAAUAAGGCAACACAGACUAAAGCACAAGAAAAGAUCAAGCAGCUCUUCAAAAGUAUUGGUUACAUGCCUGAACUGGACACUGAGCAAAAAGUCGAUGCUUUCUACCAAGCACUCCCCGACUUGACCGGUAAUUUUAUGGAUGCCUACCUGGAAGUAAACAAGUUCAAGACAACAAAGAUCUGGCAGUUUGUAGAGAGUGACGCGGACAAUUUUAUGACCAAAGGAGAAUCACCUGCUCCAAUAUACCGUGUCAACGCUGCUUACUCAGCCGUGCGCAAUGACAUAGUAAUCCCGCCGGCCAUCAUGUUGAGACCGGCGUUUGCCUUUGGAGCACCUCCAGAAGUCAACUACGGUGCUCUGGGUGCAAUACUAACGCACGAAAUAAUGCACGGCUACGACCUGGAGGGAAAAGAUUAUGAUGGGCAGGGUAUAAAUACCUCCUGGUUCAGCAGUACUGCCGAGUACGACAAACGGACUACGUGUCUCAACACGAGUAUUGAGGAGUCUCCAAAGGCAAGGCGUUAUAAAGACUACCCCCACGAGUACCUUGCAGACAACAUGGGUAGAACUUCGCUAUGGAACGCGUACAAGAAGGCCUCUGUUAAUCCCAGUGUGUCGCUGGGCAAUGUGAAGGGGCUCACGCCCGACAAAAUAUUCUUUGUUUCUUGGUGUCUAUUGUGGUGCGGGGUGGCAGCUCCAGAUCCAACCCAUCCACCACCUGUCGAGAGGUGCAAUGUGCCUCUAAGGAAUUCUGACCACUUUAGUGCAACAUUCUCUUGCCGCAAGGACGAGCCCAUGAACCCAUCACAAAAGUGUCAUUUCUGGUAA